AUGUCCUCCCUCCAGUCUGAAUCGAUAUCAGAUGCUGCGGUGACGAAUGAUGAGGUUUUGGAGAUCUUUUUUGAUCAAGCGUUUGUGCCGCAAGCAUUCGUCGACAUACUUCUGACCAAUGCGGCAGCGCAUGGAUUAAGUGAUGCUCAAGCUGUCUCAUCAUCUUUACUAUCCCGGUUGGAUUACUAUACGAAGCACCUUACAAAAGAACUUGAGUCUACUAUCAAGAAAUUGGAGAAUCUCUCAGAAGCACUUCCAACAGCAUGGGCAACCGACGAUUUAAUCGACAGUACUGAUGGCAGCUCACUGUCCAGAACGAAUUUAGGAAGACCCUCUAAAUUGGAAUAUUAUUUGGAUACCCUGGGGAGUGCAGUUAGGGCAAUAGAUGGUGAUUUGACUAAGAUAGAUACCCAAAUGGUAGAGAUAAACGAUAAGUAUUCAGGUAGCAGGGAAAUCGCAGAAAAGCUUAGGAAACUCGAGCUGAUCAAGGGAAGACUCGAGAAAGCUUCGCAGAAUUUUCUCACACUUCAGAGCUUUUUGGGUAUCUCGGUGGCUUCCGACACCAGUAAGGACACUGAUUCUCAGUUGACAAUAAGCGUCGCUGAACUCAAAUUGUCCCUGAAAACUCUGGAAGAGACGAUUGAUCAAUCUUUACAAGAUUCUUUAAAUAAAGAGGGCUCAGAGGAGAGGAAUCAAGAAUUACUGGACAAGAUUGAUUUAUUUAUCAGUUUGAAACCACUCUUCAAGGGACUGGACAACUUCCAUCCCGCUUACGCACAAUUUGCCCAGAAUAUUGGAACUAAGGCCCAGAACUAUCUAAGAGCGAAGGAUUUAGGCGAGAAAUUGACCUUGCAAAAUCGAUAG